AUGGAUACUUUAGCUAGAAGUUCCCCCCAUAAUGUUGUUGUUAGCUGCGAAUUAAAUUUAAAUUUGGAUUAUAUGUUGAAAAGAAUAUGGGAAUAUUUGGCAUUAAUUAGAAUUUAUACUAAAAAGCCUGGAAGUCCUCCUGAUCUUGGUUAUUUUUAAAUUUUUUUUAUAAAUUCCUUUUGGGAGGAAUUGUUUAUAAUGGGGUAUUUUUAAGUAUUUUUUUUCGGAUUUAUAUCAGUUUACGGACUUUUCUGCAAACUGCAGAUUUUUAUGUUGAUUUUUUACAGACGAUUUUAGGAGGGUUUUUGCAGUCGUUUCUUUUUUUUUUUGCAGAUUUUUUGCGGAUUUUUCGCUUACUUUUGCGGAUAUUUUUUUUUUCGAAGUUUUUGAGUAUCUUUUUUUCUUGGAUUUUUUGCGGAGAUUUUUUCGCGGAGAUUUUUUUGCGGUCUUUCUUUGCAGACUUGGAAAAUUUCAGAGUUUUGG